AUGGCUAAUCGCAAUCGUGCUGCUCAGCUACCUACCGAUGACACAUCCAAUCCAUACUUCCUUCAUCCUAGUGAUAAUCCGGGGAUCAUCCUUGUUCCACAACAACUUACUGGAUCUAAUUACGUCGCAUGGAGCAGAUCCUUCAGCACUGCUCUGCUCGCCAAAAACAAACUUGUAUUUGUUGAUGGAUCCAUCCUUCGUCCAGCUCGUGAUGAUCUACUCUAUCAGCCAUGGAUUCGUUGCAAUAGCAUGGUCAUUUCAUGGUUACGCAACUCUGUAUCUCCACAAAUAUGCUCGAGCAUUAUGUACCUCGAUGAUGCAUAUGCAAUCCGGUACGAUCUGAAGGAACGUUUCUCCACAUGUGAUCCAACUCGAAUCUAUCAACUCAUGCAGCAACUCAUGUCUCUCUCUCAAGGAUCAUCUGAUGUCAACACUUAUUUCACCAAUCUCCGCAUAGUAUAA